AUGGCAAAUGUCAAAUUUUAUGUGCAUUAUUUUAUCGUUCUGAUAUUUUAUUCCAAUGUAUUCGCAAUACAAAAAGAUGAAUUUAGCUUGGAAAAAAGGGGAAAUGAUUAUGAUGUAAAUCUUCCAGGCACGAAAUUACGACUCAUCAGCAUGGUAUUCAGACACGGCGAUCGGACAUUGGACAAUGAUUUCAGUUUUAUGUAUCCAAACAACCCAUAUAUAAAUCACGAUGACUACCCAUACAACGACGGCCAAUUAACUCAGGCUGGCAGGAGAAGAGCGUUUCUAUUUGGGCAAUUACUAAGAAAAUGGUAUAAUGAUUUUCUCGGAAAUAUAUAUUAUCCACCAAAUGUGUACGCGCGUAGUACGGUACUUCCCAGGACUAAGAUGACUCUGCAAGUGAUACUUGCGGCACUUUACCCGCCAAUUGACAGCAGACAAAAAUGGAAUGAGAAUCUAUCUUGGCAACCAGUAGAUACGAUUUAUACUAGUUCAUCUCAAGAUAGUCUAUUGUUUCCAUACAACUGUAAAGAGUAUCGUGAAACUUACAUCAACAUAUUACACAGUAAUGCAGUGAUAGCUGAAAUAGAAGCGUUUAAUGACACGAUAAAAGAUUUGUCAAAAUAUGUAGGAAGAAAUAUUAGUGGUGUUUAUGAACUCUCUGCUCUGUAUCAUAUUUUGAGCAUACAAGCAUCUAUGAACCUAAGUUUACCCAAAUGGUCCCACGACGUGUUUCCAAGCGGCAGACUUUUCGAUGCAGCAAUGCUCCAAUAUAAAUUAUACAACUACAAUGACAAGCUCAUUAGACUUAAUGGAGGUAUAUUGUUAUACAAAAUACUUCAAGACAUGAAUGGAGUGAUAAAUGGAACUUUAUCAGAUAGAAAGAUCAAUCUCUUUUCCGCACAUGACGUAAACGUGUUCGCGUUUUUGCGAGCUUUGGGUAUAUUUGAUAACAAAAUCCCGGCAUUUACAAGCAGCGUCAUCGUAGAGCUGCGCGAAAAGAACGGCGAAUAUUUCGUUCGAGUGUUACAUUAUUUAGGUAUACCAUCAGUUCUAUCGCCAGUAAGAAUUCCCAACUGCGAUGUGCUUUGCCCGUUCGAGAAAUUUAUCCGUUUGACAUCGGCGACGACUGCGACGCACGAAGAUCCUAAAUGCCCGCUGACGAUUGCUAUUUACUAA